AUGCCAGAAUACACCUGGACCCCCUUCUCACCACACGCUCACAACAGUCCACAGUGGACCUACUCCUACCAUGAUCGGCCCACGCACGAUUGGAGGGGCCACAACCGCAGGCCCCCCCGGGGCCAGCGGGAGGACAACUAUUACCGGGAUGAGUGCUGGAGAGAGAGGCGAGGGGGUUCCCCGUGGGAGCGUGGCCCCCGGAGACGGCCUGAGGAUCCAGAAACGAGCACGCAAGAGGCCGAAAAUACUCCUAUCCCCUCCAAUAACGCACCCACCGUUCAAGAACACAGGAACGAGACCGGAACAUCGGGGAGAAAGAGGGGUGUAAGAGUUGGCUUCCCCCAGGAACCCUUCACACAGCCGCCCACUCACAUGUCCCCACCAGAGUCCACAACAAACUCGCCCGGGCCGUCGCAGCGGAUAUCACACUCCCCGCUAGCGGACCACACCCCAGCUGGCUCUCCGCCAACGUCACAAGAAGACCUGGAGCGAGCCGCGGACUCCGGCACUGACGAGGAAGAGGGACAAAAUGUCUACAAAAUAGAAAAACACAAAGUUACUAACAGGAAGAGUGUGGACUGGUCCCUGAAUGUGACCAGGCCCGUUUUGAUCCUGGGGGACUCCAAUGUCGCCAGGAUCAAACAACACGCCUUCCCCUCCCUACAAAUAGACAGUUUCCCCGGUGCCAAUCUCCUCCAUGCUGCAGAGCUCCUCAGCCACACACCAAACCAGCCCCAGGUGGAGAGUGUCGUUCUUUCCUUUGGGAUAAACAACAGACAGCAAAAGCAGAGCGAAACAUGCAUAAAGCAAAUGCAGAGGCUAAUGAGGGAGGCAAAAAAGGCCUUUCCAAAUGCCAAUAUUAAGAUAGCAACAGACUCCGGGGCGGAUCCGCAUUCGGUCCGCCACAUCCGCCCCAGAAUCAAAUCCGCAGAGCGGACCCGCGGCGGAUUCAAACCAGAUCCACAGAGCGGACGCUCUCUAACCUCCGCAGAGAUCUGCGUGUGA